CGUGUGUUCGUGUUGUUGCCGGAGCGCCAUGUUCGCAUAAACAAAAGAAAUCGUUUCCACACACCUGUACAGCUGUGGGCUUUCACACACAGAACUGACCGCGACCGGACACACAAACAAAACGGAACAAAAUGAUUAGAAUUAACCCAAGAGGCUGAGAAUAAGACGAAGCCAUUCACAAUGCCUUUUCCAAUUAUGAAUCAGGCACAACCAGCUCAGGAGACCCUGAAGCAUUAUGGGAUCACGUCGCCCAUCAGCCUGGCUCUGCCGAAAGAGUCGGACCUGGCGCAGACACAGAAACUGGUGCAGGCUCUGAAGCCUUUCGGUGUGUUUGAAGAGGAGCUGGAGCUGCAACGCAGAAUCCUGGUUUUGGGAAAACUGAACUCACUGGUCAAGGAGUGGAUCCAGGACAUCAGUAGAUCCAAGAAUAUACCUCCAUCGUUGAUAGAAAAUAUUGGUGGAAAAAUAUUUACGUUUGGCUCCUAUAGGUUAGGAGUCCAUACAAAAGGUGCCGAUAUAGACGCUCUCUGUGUCGCCCCUCGCCACGUGGACCGGUCAGACUUCUUUACCUCUUUUUACGAGAAGUUGAAAGAGCAAGAGGAGGUCAAGGACUUAAGGGCUGUCGAAGAGGCAUUUGUCCCAGUGAUUAAACUGUGCUUCGAUGGCAUCGAGAUUGAUAUCCUGUUUGCUCGGCUAGCUCUGCAGACCAUUCCAGAGAAUCUGGACCUGCGGGACGAUAGUUUACUGAAGAAUCUGGAUAUCCGCUGUAUAAGGAGUCUGAAUGGAUGCAGGGUGACCGAUGAGAUUCUCCACCUGGUGCCCAACAUUGAGAAUUUCAGACUUACUCUUAGGGCCAUCAAACUGUGGGCUAAACGUCACAACAUAUAUUCAAACAUCCUUGGUUUCUUGGGCGGUGUGUCAUGGGCGAUGCUGGUGGCGAGAACGUGUCAGCUUUACCCCAACGCUGUGGCUUCAACCCUCGUGUACAAGUUCUUCCUUGUGUUUUCUAAGUGGGAGUGGCCUAAUCCGGUCCUUUUGAAGCAACCAGUUGAGUGCAACCUCAACCUGCCAGUGUGGGAUCCAAGGGUGACACCGAGUGACCGGUACCACCUCAUGCCCAUCAUCACACCAGCUUAUCCUCAGCAAAACUCCACCUACAACGUGUCCGUGUCCACCCGCAACGUCAUGGUCGAAGAGUUCAGACAGGGUCUGGCCAUUAUGGAUGAAAUACUGCAGAACAAAGCAGACUGGGCCAAACUAUUUGACUCUCCAAACUUCUUUCAGAAAUACAAGCAUUAUAUUGUGUUGCUAGCAAGUGCGCCCACUGAGAAGCAGCACCUCGAAUGGGUCGGCCUUGUCGAGUCCAAGAUCCGAAUCUUGGUAGGAAGCCUGGAGAAAAAUGAGUUCAUCACUCUCGCACAUGUGAAUCCACAGUCGUUUCCAGGACCCAAGGAAAGCAAUAAAACGCCAGAGUUGAGCACAAUGUGGGUCAUUGGUAUCGAAUUCAAGAAAAUGGAGGGGUCCGAGCUUCUUAACGUCGACUUGACGUACGACAUCCAGACGUUCACAGACACGGUGUACCGUCAGGCCAUCAGCAGCAAGAUGUUUGAGUCCGACAAGAAAAUAUCGGCGAUGCACGUGAAGAGGAAACAGCUUCACCAGCUCCUGCCGGACCUUGUUAUCCCGAAAAGGAGAAAGCAUUCAACUGAAAGCCUGCGUGCUGUGAACGAGAGCAGUGUGGACUUGUCACUGGACAGCGAUAACAGCAUGUCCAUCCCCUCACCCACCCGCACCCCCAGCGCUACCAAGACACCCUUCUCUGCCAGUCCUCACCGCUCCACAGGGACCACUGCCAGCUCAGAUUCUCAGGGGAAGGUAAACACCUCAGGAGGCACACAUACUGCUGCAGCGUGUCUAUCAGAGCCUCAUGCACGGAAGAGACCGGCCUCACCCCUCCAUGAAGAUAACUCCAAGAAGCUCAGAUUGCAGGAGCAUUCAGAUUUGAUUGAGAGCAGUGUGGCCUCGCCUGUGGACAAGGAUAACAGUACGUCUCUUCCGUCACCCACUGGCGCCUCCAGGACAGCCUUCUCUGACGGUCCUCACCGCUCCACAGGGACCACUGGCAGCUCAGAUUCUCAAGGAAAGUCGGACACGUCAGUAGACGCACAUCCUGCUGCAGCAUGUCCAUCAGAGACAAAAACCCCCAGUCCUGCUCAGACAAGGAAGAGAUCGGGCUCACCGCUCCCUGAUGAGCAAGCCAAGAAGCUCAGAUUAGAGGAGGAUUCUACCUCAGAUUCGGUGGACCAGGCUGCUGAUUUUUCUCAGGCUAGCGAUUUCUCUGCUUUAGACGGAGAGGUGAAAAUAGAGACAGAAGCAGCGGAGACAGAUACAGAAGGGCAGAUACCACCAUCUCAGAAAAUGUCCAGCACUGAUCUUUCUGAUGUCCCUCUUCCUCCGGCUAACCCCAUCCAAGUGGUGAAAAACUCCAUAAAGCUCAGACUGAGUAGGUAGAAUCAGUUAGGCCUCUACUUCAACCUGCCUUCACAAUAGCAAGCAACAAACUGACAGUCGAUUUGAAAUUGCUGUGAAAGCGUACGACAUGGAGUCGCAAAUUCCGGCGACAGGGUGUAAAUCAACGUUUUAAUUAAGAUUUUCUUAAUCUUAUGCGAUUUAGUUCGGACAGCGUAACGCGACAAAUUCAGACGAAUCCUAGGACGGAUCAACAGGAGUGGACAGUACGAGGUCCCACUGAUCUCUCAACUCGAUGGAAGAAAACUGAAGGGCUCGUACUUACCUCAGUAGUAAAAUACAGACAGUGAUGUGUAAAAUUACACAGUAAACUGUUUAUAACUCGGCUUGAUAUAAUCCCUGCCCGUUAGAGACGGUUGAGGUGGCAUGAGCGACUUGUCACUUGCUAGUGUGAACACAGCAUCGGAGAGGCCAGACCAAAGCCUGUGGCUUGCUAGUGUAGAGAGAGCGUUAGAGAGGCUAGACGAGGGCCCUGUAGCUGCAGCGUGCCUCAUAAAGAGGACCCCUAGAACCGGGCCCCGACGCAGCAUUUGACUCGAUCCACCAGAGGGCGACACUGCGCUUCUUUAAACUCCCUGCUGACUCUACCACCACUCCUUGCCUCCACAGAGAAAAUAACAGAAUAAAUUUUUUCAUGCACUCACAACCUCAUUGUAACGACUAGACAUGUCUCUGUAUGAGUUUGUGUGCAAGUUUAUUCCCAUCCUUCCUGUAUGUUCUCCGACACGGAUGAUUUCUUUGAAAUGAGUAUGCUUUCCAUUUCUGUGAUUCUCUUUUUUUAAGGUGGAAUAUUUUAAAGAGUGGGAAGCCAAGCCGCUGUAUAUGAAGAUUAUAUAGAGAUAAGGAUGAUCUAAAUGGCAUCAGGAUUAGUAAACAGAAUAUAAAACAUUAAAUAAGAUAUUUGACCAAAAUAAUCUCUAAUCUGAGAU